AAACGCACGUGAGCCAACGGAGGCGUUGUGAAUUUAUCGUUAUUUGAUUUUGGCGCGCUUUUCUCGAAUAGUAUUUUAGAGCAGCCAUGUUGGAACAGUUGUGUAUAGGACGCGGCGUGCGUUUCGAUGUACCUUCGUCUCUUAAGUUUUUUAAUUUAAUUAUACUCAUUAUAUUUUAUAUCGAUACUUCGGCGUAUAAGAAACAUUUAGUUUUGCUUUAAUAAUGAAAAUGUGAGACUGAGAAUCGUCUUAUCGACGUACUCUUAUUCGAAGUGUUCAUUCGUUCGAAUUAGAGGUUAUAAACUCUCGCGUGUUAUCAUUUACGAACGCGCGCGACUUGUACUUUUUAAGAGAAAAGAUGAAUUUCUCUGGGAAUAACAAUAUUCAAGGCACAUUGCCUCAAUUUUCCGAGCUAACAUCGCGAUCGAAUUCUACUCCUAACGUUGAAUUUAGUCAUAACAGCAACAACAGUGGUGCAUUACACUUACAAACAGUUCAAAGUUCUAUUUACAGUACGGCUGCAGGAUCGAAUCAGAACAAGCAGCAGUUUCUCGUAAACUCGCAGAAUAAAUACCCAGGGUCUUUAUUCACUUGGCCGGAUUCUAAUACUCUUAUGCAACUGUGCGAAAAGCAGGGUAUACAAACAAUUAACAUUCCUAAUUAUAAUCAGAGCAAUGCUUCUCUAAUCGGCGUCCAAUCAAACGCUCUCCCAGUAAGAAUCAUACCUAAUGUGUACUUACCUUCGACGUCGCAAAUAGAUACUCACAAGGAAGAGAAUAAGACUGAUAACGAAAUGAGAAAUUCUGAUGAGCAACAAGCUGUUCAGUUAGUACAAGGUUCUAAUAUGGCCGAAUAUAUUCAAAAGUUGCAAGCUACUACGCUGCCAUUAACUUUACAACAAUUAAUAAAGUUACAAUCCGAGCAAAUGAAGAAAGAAAAAAUGGAGGAAGAAAAACUGGAACAUACGCAAAACAAUAUUCUAAACAUUCCUAGCGUAUCGGUAUUUAGAAAUCCUCAGACACAAAAUGGAAAUAAUUUCAUGAAUUCCGAACAUAUGAUGAUAACAUUGAAUCCUAACGAUUUUAACGUCCACUUGGAAUCGAAUCAACAAGAUAACGAAAGUAAUGUGCAGGUUGUAAAAGUAGAGCAACAAGUACAAACGGAUUCACCAAAAGUGGAAAAGAAAAUGAAGUUUCGAGCAAAAACCGGAGAAAUCAAAAUCAGCGUUGCUUUAGACGGUUCCAGAGUCUAUUGCUGUCCGGAGUGCAAUUUAGUUUUUCCUGAAAAAUCCGAGAUAGAUCAGCAUAUACAAGCUCACAUACAGGAACGAAAAUAUCAGUGCAAGGAGUGUGGAGCGAUGCUAAAAAGAAAAGAGCAUUUGGAUCAACAUAUGCGUGGUCAUUCGGAUGAAAGACCUUAUAAAUGUCCUGUGUGUGAGAAAGCUUUCAAAAGGAAUGAACAUUUAACGAGACAUUACGUUAUUCAUUCCGGUGAUAAAAAUUUUACGUGCACCGUAUGUCAAAAGGCUUUUUCGCGGAAAGAUCAUUUGAAUAAACAUACUCAGACACAUUUAGGCAUUAAGAAGAGUAAAGGCAAGAAGGAUGUAUUUUUUAUAGAACAAAAAGAACUUUUUGAUAAAGCCGUCGAAGUAUUGACAAUGCCUAAACAACAAGAAGUAAGUCUUGUCGUAAAAGACGGUUCAAUAAAACAAGAUACUAAUUUUCUUCAUCAUAUUCAUAAUCUUCAGAAAGAUCAAGUUCUCUUACACACUUUUUCAUCGUUUAAAGAACAGUCUCUAAAAGAAGUAACGAUACUUCAGCAACCACUUGUGAACAUGAACGAAAUCUUGCCGCAAAACACCAGGUACUUAAUGCCUUCUUAGUCAUAAACAUAAGCGAUAUAGAAUCGUAAGCAAUAAUUUGCUUAGAAAAAGGCUGUUUAUGGAACGUGUUGAAAUCAGCACAAAUAGAUAAUCAAUGGGAUUUGCUAUGGAUCGAAUACUUUGGUAUACUUUCUCAAUUUUGCGACCCUAAGUUUAUCGUGAUAGUAAAUAAUAGGAUAACGAUGCAAGUAUAUUUUCUUGCAUUUGUGAGAUUUAGACGUCGUUGAUUGAUAUCACCGAGAAAGUGAUUUAUUAUUAAACGUCUAUAUUUCGGUGUGAUCUUUUUUGAAAGAGUUUUAUGAAAGAGUACGAAUCUGUUAAAACGUUUGAAUGAAAUGAAUAGUCUUAAAAAGAGUAAAGAAGAAGAAGAAGAAGAAGAAGAAAAAAAAAAGGGGAAAAAGAAAAGAAGUAUAAAUGUUCAAUGAAUGAUGCCUUAAAGUUCGCGAUCAUACGCGAAUACACGCUGAAAUAUACAAGGUUGAUUUCAAUUUAAUACACUGUCGCAUCACAACCAUUAUAUUAUAUUUUAUCUGCGCAUUAUCGAGAUAUCGGAUUAGAUAUUUUUUAGAAGUUGCCAUUACAAUGCAAGUAAUCCGGAUAAUAGUAGAUGGACUACUUGUUUUAUAUAUGUUAGUUUAAUGAAAUAAAACAAAACAAAAAAUA